AUGCUAAGCGCAUUUGGAAGAGCUGAGCUGGUCCGGGAAGCCAGUUCUUGUUUCCAGAAAAUGCCGGAGAGAAAUCUGGUGUCCUGGACUGUCAUGCUUGCGCUAUUUGCCCGUGUUGGGCGUUUUCAAGAACUUCGACUCUUGUUCAAUGAAAUGCCGGAACGAGACAUGGUGGUUUGGUCCGUUUUCUUGUCCGCGUACGCUAAACACGGUAUCCUUUCAGAAACCACAAAAGUGUUCUAUUCCAUGCCGGAAUGGAACUUGGCUUGCUGGACCAACUUGCUCUUGGUAAAUGCCCAUAAAGGGCAUCUUGAGGACGCGAAGAACAUCUUUGACUCGAUGGAGGAGCACGAUGUGGUGUCGUGGACUGCACUUCUUACUGCCUAUUCUCGUCACGGAGAUGUUUUCUACGCUUGCAAAGUUUUUAAUCUGAUGGCUUUCAAGAACAUUGUCUCAUGGAAUGCCAUGCUCGCAGCAUUUGCCGUGUCAGGGCAUAUACAAGAGGCGGAAGAAACUUUCAAAAAGAUGCCGGAACGAGAUUUGGUGUCGUGGAUCACGCUGCUCGUCGCGUACUCCAUCCGCGGAAGAGUUGACGAGGCUAGGAAAACUUUCAAUAGCAUGCCCAGAUUGAAUCUUGUAGCCUGGAAUGCAAUGCUCACGGCCUAUGCUCACGGUGGAUUCCUUGGCAAAGCGAGGGAGCUUUACAGAUCCAUGCCGGAGAAGAAUCCGGUGUCGCACAGCGCAAUGUUGGCCGCGGAAGCGCAGCUCGGAGAUUUAAGACAAGCUCAAAACUUGUUUGAUGCGAUGAGAGAUCGGACUCUCGCUUCGUGGACGUGCAUGCUAACCGGAUUUGCAAGGGAGGGGCAUCUCGAAGAAGCCCAGCAAAUGUAUGAGCUGAUGGGACAGAGCAAAGAUCUCAUCGCCCAAAACGCGAUGCUCUCCGCCUUUGCUCGCAACAAGGCGAUCGGAAGCGCCGAGAGAUUCUUCUGGGAAGGAAUGGAGGAGCACGACUCGGUGUCUUGGACGAUCAUGGUCUCCGGCUACGCUCUCGCCGGUCGUCUCGAUGUAGCGAAGAAGAUGUUCGAUGGGAUGAUCGAUCGAGACAUGGUAUCCAGGGACGCAAUGCUUGCGGGAUUUGCUCACGGCAGUCGCUCCAAGGAAACCAUCGAGCUCUUCCACCGCGGGAGCUUAAUGGAUUCUCCAGACGACGUUGCUUUGGUCCUGGUUUUGCUUGCUUGCGGCCACUCCGGGGACGUGUUCUUGGCAAGGCAGUACUUUCGUAGCCUGGAAGUCGACUAUAGUGUCAAGCCACUCAAGCAGCAUUUUUCCUGCGUGAUCGAUCUCCUUGGUCGAGCCGGCUACCUGGAAUUCGCAGAGAAUCUCAUAGAUUCUAUGCCGUUCUUGCCUGAAGCAUCGGACUGGACUAGCCUUCUCGGGUCGUGCCGAUCGUAUAGAGAUCCCGAGCGAGGAGCACGAGUUAUGCAAAAGCUUGUAGCUUGCAAUGCCAGUCUCGGUUCUCCAUAUCAGCUGCUAUCGUCCGCUCUUACGUGA